UAUUUAUUCAAUUAAUUGGUCUUGGAAGAAACUUUCCUUAAUUAGUAAAAAAUAAUAAGUUUAGACGCUAACUAUUCCAGAAGUUGGAGGUGUUUCCCCAAUUUAAUCGACAAUUAAAUAAAAUUUAUAUCCGGCUCAAACUUCUUUCAAACGUAUUUCUAUCGCGAGACUGUCGGCGAGUGGAAGUACAACAUCAUAGAUCAACGUCGAAAGUGUAACAAACGAAAUUCUUGGAUUUAAAUAAUAAUUUCGAUAAUAUAAAAGAUAGAAUGAAGUUUUUUAAGAAGUUCAAGAAGGAAGUUGGUCAAGAUGACUGCAUGAAUUUCGCUUUGAAAUAUAUGAGGAUAAUUUUAGCAGACCCAAACAAGUCAAAAGAUUGGCAUUUCUAUCUGGCAUUGAUUAUCUUUUUUGCACUUUCAUUGAGCCAAUAUUACUUAGUUAUAUUGUUGUUCUUCCAUUUGGAAGGAAGCGUAGACAAUUUAUCGAAUGCCGCCCAAUCGUUUACUUCGUAUUUUCAAACGUUCUUGAAUAUUUACCCAUUAAUCGUGUAUAGGAAAACCUUGGGAAAACUGUUUCGGAAUCGAGCAAUGUUCUGGAAAUGCGACGACGAUCCUGAAUCAAGUAAAGAAUUAAAGGAGACUUAUACGAACACAUACCGAAACUUGUCGGUGGUAUUCAUGUUCGUUGUGAGCACAGAGAUGGCAAUGCUCAUAAAACCAUUUUUCGUUAGAGAAUUACUCGUUGCCUUGUACAUUCCUCCAUAUCCAUACGCUUACGAAAUUCUCCUCGUCUUUCAAUCUUUGUUUAGUAUGUUGUUGGCUACUACUUUCUUUGCCGUUAAUGCUACUUGCAUUUCACUCUUCGCCGAUGCCAUCGCGCAGUUCCAAGUACUUAACCAUAAUGUCCGAAAUAUUAGGAGAAUUGAAAAUUCUGAUGAGAUGAGCGAACUGAAGAGGUGUCUGAAAUAUCACACGUUUUUACUCGAUUUAGUAUCCGAUAUUCAACGAAUAUACAGCAUCCCUUUGUUCGGUCAAUAUCUGAUGACAAUCGGGGCGACAUGCAUGAAUCUCUACAUGCUGACAAGCAAUGUUGGAAGCACUGGAAAUAAAUUUCUCAGUACGUCCUACAUUUGCAUGAUGAAUCUGCUAUUUGCUUUAUACUGUUUUUUGGCCACGUCUCUCGGAGUUGCUAUAGAAGAAUUACCGAACUCGUUCUAUUUCAACAAUUGGGAGGACGGCUCCAAGGAAUUCCGCAAAUCGAUGGUAAUGUGCAUAGUUGCAGCUCAGAAAGAGUUCGUUUUUAAGGCCGGUGGUUUGACGGAAAUCUAUCGAGGAGCUAUAACUGCUGUUUUCAAAACGACAUAUUCAUUCCUCUUAAUUAUGCAAAAUAUGAAGGCGCAAAAAUGAGCGAUUUAUUAAUAAUGAUAAUAUUGUAUUUCAUUAA